AACUUCCGCCUGCUUUUAGUUUACUUCCGGAGACAGCAAAGCUAUCAAGCGUUAGCUGAAAAUUCACUUUAACACUCGGUCGAUUUUCGUUAUCAGCCAUGGGGAAGUCUUUUGCCAACUUCAUGUGUAAAAAGGAUUUCCACCCUGCGUCGAAGUCUAAUAUCAAGAAGGUAUGGAUAGCAGAGCAGAAACUAACUUUCGAGAAGAGAAAGCAGGAAGACCUGAUGUCGGCUUAUCUGAAGGAGCAGGACACCUACAACAACAGAGUGUUGAUGGGGGAUGACCGUGUUAAAAAUGGGCUCAAUUUCAUGUAUGAAGCUCCACCGGGAGCAUCAAAAGAGGAGAAAGCAGAGGAGGGAGAAGAAGAGUGCAAAUUUGAAUGGCAGAAGGGAGCCCCCAGAGAAAAAUAUGCUAAAGAUGACAUGAAUAUCAGAGAUCAGCCUUUUGGAAUCCAGGUGCGCAAUGUGCGCUGUAUCAAAUGUCACAAGUGGGGCCACGUAAACACGGACAGAGAAUGCCCUCUGUUUGGACUGUCGGGCAUCAACGCCAGCGCGGCGCCUACCGAGGAGUCUGCAGGUCCAUCCAUGCACCCCUCGGAGCUAAUGGCCGAGAUGCGUAACAGCGGGUUUGCCCUCAAGAAAUGUGUCCUUGAUCGAAGCGCUACCGUUUGUGAUGCGGCGCAGGAAUAUGUCGCAAGUGACCAAGAGGAGGAUCCAGAGAUGGAAUUUUUGAAAUCUUUAACAACCAAGCAGAAACAGAAGCUCCUCAGGAAACUCGACCGUCUGGAGAAGAAAAAUUCCAAGAAAAAGAAGAGUAAAAAAGAAAAGAAAAACAGCAAAAGGAAGCACAAGAAAAAGCAGGAGAGCAGCUCGAGCAGCUCAAGCAGCAGCGACAGCGACUCAUCCAGUAGCUCCAGCAACUCCGACGGCAACUUCAAGAGCCAAAAGAAGAGCAAGAAGAAGAAGAAGGCAUCCUGCCGCGAGCGCAGCGCCGACAGGCCAGAUCAGAGCCGACAAAAGGCUUCGGCCAGCCCGCGCGCCGGAGAACGUCGACACACGCGGACGCAGAGAGGAAGCGGUCACGACGAGGAGAGCAGGAAGAAAAAGGAGAUGCCGGAGAGAGGUCGCGAACGCACGCGAGAGCGGAGCCGCAGCAGCGAGCGCCAUCACAGACGAGAGAGACGCUGAGAGGAAGAGGAAGGAAAGGGCAGCAGAUGAGAGGAAUAGAAGCAGAGACCGAAGCAGAAGUCGUGACAGGAGCAGUAGAAAGCACCGAGGGCGCCUUUAUUUAGAUUUGGGUUUUUAGUGCUGAAGAGGCAUGGAGUUCUCUUUCCCACCACUUGAGGGCGACGCUGGACCAAAUAUUGUCACUUCUGCGCGUUGGAACAAUUUGAUUCACACAAUAUUCUAGACAAGUUUUUUUUUUUUUAGCCUGUUAAACAAUAAUUAAUUGUGUGUAUAUGCAGGUUUUCAGACCUAUAAUAAAAGAAAUUCAACCUCCCCCC